GUCCCCCCACCUCCACUCUCCUCCCUCGAACCUGUUCCCAAUAGCCGAACUGACCCUCAUUUCUCACCCAGUGUGGUCUUAGAUCUGCUUAACUGACCUUCAAUGCUCCUGAGCUCUGGUAGGAUUUUGAGGGGCAGAGCCGGGAGGGAAGAGAGCAGAGUGUUGGGGCUUCAGGGAGCUUGGGUCCAGGGCGAUUUCUGGUGAGAGUGGCUUCCGCUCUUCGCUUGUCUAGAAACUUUCCCUUAUUUCCCUUUUCUUUGUUCCCCACUGAUCUGGGGGAAAGCUGGGAGUCAGCCCCGUAGCCUUCCUGCCUGGCUAGGACCGCCGGGUGACAGCAUGGAGUACACGGCGUCGCCCAAGCCACAGCUCUCGUCGCGGGCCAACGCUUUCUCCAUCGCGGCGCUCAUGUCCAGCGGAGGCGGCUCCAAGGAGAAGGAGCCUUCCGAAAACACCAUCAAACCCUUGGAACAAUUCGUGGAGAAGACUUCCUGCGCCCAGCCCCUCGGCGACCUCCCAGGGCUCGACUCCCACGGCGACUUUGGAGGCAGCCUCGGAGGCGGAGGCGGCGGGAGCGGCGGCAGCCCUUCCUCUCUGUGCACGGAGCCCCUCAUCCCCACCACCCCCGUCGUGCCCAGCGAGGAAAUGGCCAAGAUCGCCUGCAGCCUGGAGACCAAGGAGCUCUGGGAUAAAUUCCACGAGCUGGGCACCGAGAUGAUCAUCACCAAGUCGGGCAGGCGAAUGUUUCCUACCAUUCGGGUGUCGUUUUCCGGGGUGGACCCUGAAGCCAAGUACAUUGUUCUGAUGGAUAUCGUUCCUGUGGACAACAAGAGAUACAGAUACGCCUACCACCGCUCGUCCUGGCUGGUGGCUGGCAAGGCCGACCCUCCCCUUCCCGCAAGGUUGUAUGUGCACCCAGAUUCUCCUUUCACUGGAGAGCAGCUGCUGAAACAGAUGGUGUCUUUUGAAAAAGUGAAACUCACAAAUAAUGAACUGGAUCAACACGGCCAUAUUAUUCUGAACUCUAUGCACAAAUACCAGCCCAGAGUCCACAUCAUCAAGAAGAAGGACCACACUGCUUCCCUGCUCAAUCUGAAGUCUGAAGAAUUCAGGACAUUUAUCUUCCCUGAGACCGUCUUCACAGCUGUCACUGCCUACCAGAAUCAGCUGAUAACCAAGCUGAAAAUUGACAGCAAUCCAUUCGCCAAAGGUUUCCGAGACUCCUCCAGGCUCACUGAUAUUGAAAGGGAAAGUGUUGAGAGUCUGAUUCAGAAACAUUCCUAUGCCCGUUCACCUAUCCGUACCUACGGGGGAGAAGAGGAUGUCCUGGGAGAUGAGAACCAGACAGCACAAAGUCGAGGGUCCGCUUUUACUGCAUCUGACAAUUUGUCACUCAGUUCCUGGGUAUCCUCUUCUUCUAGUUUCCCUGGAUUCCAGCACCCCCAGUCUCUGACCGCCCUGGGAACCAGUACUGCCUCCAUUGCCACAUCCAUUCCUCACCCCAUCCAGGGAUCUCUGCCCCCAUACAGCCGCCUAGGGAUGCCUCUUGCCCCGUCUGCCAUCGCUACCUCCAUGCCAGGGAGUGGGCCCACGUUCCCUUCCUUCCACAUGCCCAGAUACCACCACUACUUUCAACAGGGGCCUUAUGCUGCCAUCCAGGGACUGCGCCAUUCCUCUACAGUGAUGACGCCAUUUGUAUGACUGGCCCAAGCAGAGGGCAACCUGGUUGUAGAAUAGGCAGACUUGGUAUGAAGAUGGAGGGUGGGGAUGUGGUGUUGGCUGGGACACUCUCCAUGAGGCAUGGAACCAUUCAAGAGGAGAGAUGGACCCAUAAUCACAUCAACUGCUACCAUAACGUACUCACUACGGGCCAGCAGUCAUCUGUAGAAGGGCUAAUUUUUGACUUAGCAGAAUGCCCAUCUGAAACAUUCAGAGAAAGUUUAGUGCAUCAUGCAUCAGCAGUGCGUAAGAUGCUCUGUGGAUGCAGUCAUGGACAAAUCCAACGUGGAUAGGAUUUCUUUCCAUUUUUUCACAGGUUCAAAGAAUUUCACAAGAGGCAAUACCAUAGGUUAUAGUCAUAUAACACCAUCUCUCCCUGUAAAUAACAGGAGUCAAUACUGAAAUAUUUGUAAUGUGGUAGCUUGAGCAUGUUUAGUUUACCUUAGCAUUAGUUUGCUGAGAAAGCAACCCCCAAAAGAACGGUGUCUUUUUGUUCAAGACUAGGUGGUAGUUACUUCCCAGCACCCUUCUGUAAUACUGGUAGGCCAGAGCCAUCCAAACCUAGCUCCCAUUCAUCUCGACAUUCGUCCCUCCUCACCUCACCUCCUCCCUCCGUCCCGGCAAUUCCUCCCCUUCUCUCUCAACCUCUUGUAUUUUGUGUGCGUAGGAAAAUGCUUCUCUACAUCUUUUUCAAGUAAGAGACUGUAGACAUCGCACUCUGAAACUGAAGGUUUAUUUUCAGAAAUGGUGUUCUUUAAAAAAGAAAAAGAUAUCCUGCAUAUAGUUUCAUCAGUGAGCACUUUAAAACACAGUCUCAGGCAGUAUCUGAGGGUUUGCUUCACUUGUCAUUGUAGGCUUUGAACCUUAUCUGGAAGGAUAGCCCUGCCACCAAUGCCCAAGUUUGAAGGUCAGACUGGGCAACAUUCUCAUCUCCUGAAGGUCAGCUCCUGUACCAGGCAGAUGUUACCCACUGCCAAGGUCAGCUAGCGCCUAUUAAUGAUUGACAUGCACCUUUGGGUGAGAUGUCUGAGUGCCAAAUUUAGUCAUGGCUUAACUCAUAUCUGGAACUCACUGUAGGUUGCUAAAUAUUUUGGUGAUCUCUUCAUUUGAUUGUGCGAUGCUUGAGGUUCAUUUUGUUUGAGGUUCAUAUUUCUCCCCCGUCCCUUCAUCCUCCCCUACCUUGAAGAAUAGAGGAGAACACAACAGAUGAUCAUUUGUUGGUCAAGGCAUACUCAUCUGGAAGAGUUUUAUCCAAAUAAUCAUACAAGUAACUGGCAAACCAAAGAAUUCAGUAUCCAUCCUUGCUACCUGCGCCUUCGUAUAGGGGCCUGAGCUGUGAUUUCAUUGGUAUAGGGAAUUCCCUUAUUAGGAGUAAAGAAACCUAUACCUUAAGUGACUUGUCCAGGGUCAUCCUUGCCUGGCUGGUUCUUCUUCUACAACUUGACACUGUCUUGCAUCCAUUCUUGUGGUGUUUUUAUAAUAGUAUUGCAGCAGGUUAACCAAUCUACUAUUCCUCAGUAACUUGUAGCAGAACAUCCAUGACUUAAUGAUACUGCCUUUGUGGAUGUCUUGGGCUCCAGGUAUAGGACAAAACAUGCCAAUUAAUGUCUGCAUUUAUGGCGACACACAAAAAUCUUCUACUGCUGCUGUUAUUGUUUUUUGGGGGGUGGAUGCGAUAUGCGAUGUUAUCCUGCUGCAUUCUUGCAUGCAAAGGAAUUAUGUAAUCUAUGUGACAUAAAUGUCACCUCCAAUGUGGUAGCUGAUAAUAGAGGCAUAUUUCUGGGGUGGUGCAAGAAAUUCAUUGUUUAGGUGCCCACAGUUUCAUCAGCUUGGUGCUCUCCAAAUAUGAAUGCCUCCCUGGAUCUCCCCUAGCUUAUAAGAAUAGGUGAUAAACUCAUAGAUUUAGUAUCAAAGGAACUUUAGAGGUUACAGACCAGCUCCCCCAUUCUGCAGAUGAGAUCUAGAGACCUGCAGUGAUUUGUCCAACAUGCCAUAGCUAGAGUGUUUUUGAGGCAAGGUCUGAACCCAAGUUUUCCAUACUUAAAGACCAGCUCUGCAUCCCCGAUGCCAUGCUGCAUAAACUGUCUGCGUGAUAAUAAGACCAUGUUGGAAUUUUGUACAUGAAUUUCUCUGAUGUGUUACAAAGAUUGGUUAUUGAGAAAUAUCUAUUGUUCAAACAAACCAUCUGAGAAGCCUCUGUCUGUCCUCAUUAAGUCCCUGGGCAAUUUUAAUUACUUUCAAACAAGACACACUUUACAAAGCAUCAACUCAUUUGAAAGCAUUUUGGGUUAGCAUAUAUAGUAAAUCUCCAGCAAGUAUGGAUGAAUGUGUUAAUAUGUCAUGGCUCUGUCUGUUGCCGAUAUCUCUUUUAAUGUUGUUUGAAAUAGCAAUGGGCCCAAGUAAGAUUCCACUUUCACUAAUAUUCUCCUAGGUUGUUAGGCUCCUGCAUUGAUUGUACUGAAUGCCCAUAUCUAAACCUUCUUUUCAGAGAGACUGCCAGGAUUAUCUCAGUCCUAAUUUGGUGCUUCCCAGAUCAACAUAUCAUUGAUAGGUUUUUAUGUUUUUGUUAAAUGCCCCUUUCACAGAAAUUGUUUCUAACUUCAUGUCUUCAAUUUUUGAUCAUGAAAUCAUUAGUUUAGUUCAAAAGCCAAUAGGUCAGAAACCAACAUACCCCUCUUCUGCCUGUUCUUUGGUAAACAUGAGGUUUUACACCAGUCUUUUAAAAAGUUUUUAGUACUACUUAAGCUGGAGGAAGGGAAACAUGAGAUUGGGAUCCCAGUCAGUCCAUACCCAUCCUUUCCUGUAAAAUUGGCUCUUAGAUGGAAACCCUUCUCCUGUAGGAGGUCCAAAUGGUUUUCUCAACAUGCCGGGAAUUUACAACCUGAAACUUCCAUGGCAUGUUGGCAUAGAAAGUAUUGUCAGAGCUACUCAUUACUUUGAAAUAAUAAGAGGAAUGUCAGUGUGAAUCUGUAAAAAAGUCUAAAUUCUAGAUAUUUUUAUUUUUUAAAUGCAGUUCUUUUAAAAUACAGAACUUUGCACUUAGUGGGCACUUAAUAUAUACUCAUUAAAUUGCUGAAUUGAAAUAUGCAUGUUAAUACCAAUGAGUAGCUAAUUUGUGUCCAAUAAUAGCUCAUAUUUAUUUAGCACUCUUCUCACAAGGGUCAGAGGUAGUGCAAAUAUCACCACAUCCCCUUUUCAGAAGAGGGCAAGUGACUAAUGACUUGUUCAGGGUCAUGCAGCUAAUAGUAAAAAUAGCUCACAUUUAUUUAGUUUAUAAGAUUUACAGAGAAUUGUCAUAUACACCAUCUCAUUGGUGCUUCACAUCCCUGUGAGAGAGGUACUAGAGAGUGAUAUUACUAUCACCAUUGUACUGAUGAGGAAACUGAGGCUCAGAAGUGUUGCCCAAGGUCAUGCUAGAUGUGGGACUCAAACGAAGUCUUCUAACCUCAAGGACAAUGCUCUACUCAUCUCACUCCCCAUCCCCUACAGUGGUACACAAUAAAAGAUUUGUGAGAUACACUCUAAUGAUCAGAUAAAAACCAGGUGUAAUUAACACAUUUUAAAAAUUUGCCCGAUAAUUCUAAAAAUACUUGCCUAUAAUAUCUUCUUUCAAAUAGUUUUCAAGACUCCAUAUCAUAUUAUUUAUCCUAUUCAUUUGCUUGUCAAACUUUCCCCCCAUAGUUAGUCCAAUGGAAAACUUCAGACAAAUUCUAAAUUAGAGAGAUACAAACUAAUGACCUUUAUAGCUUUAUUUCUGAGACUGCUAAGGCCAUUUUGAUAUUAGUUUUUGUUUAGAGGUAAGAGAGAGGGAGAAGGGAAGAUAAAUGAGGCAGACAGAGGAAGAGAGAGAAAGAGAGAGAGAGAGAGAGAGAGAGAGAGAGAGAGAGAGAGAGAGAGAAAGAGAAAGAGAGAGAGAACUCAGUCAGUGAGUUCAGGUUGACAGCUCCCAAACAUUGUUAUUUGGAAAUUUCCCAGCUCUCACCCUGACAUGGCCAGUUUAUUGGACUCUGAACAGGGAGACGAAAGAGACAGGGUUGGAUAUAUGGGUAGCCUGCCAGUCUCCCUAGUAGGAGGUCAUUGUAUUGGAAGUUUAAAAAAUAUCCGUGGGAUAAAUUAUUGUGGUAUCUAAGUGACUAUGUAAAGGGUUGUACCAUGGGAGUUGCAAGGCCUUUUGGGGAGGUCUCAGUAGCUUCCUUCUCAACCCUGCCUACAUGUGGUCCAGAAGCCAGAGAAAUCAGAGUUUCUUUUUGGAGGUCAAAUAUAGCCAUUUCAUUUGCUUAGCCAUUUGGAGAAAUGUCCUAGGCAUCAGGCUAUUUAACUCACAGGCUUAGCCCAUGGCAUCAUUUCAGAUAUUACCAUCAUGUUCAAGUGGAAUUACCUGAAGAAAAUCAACCACAAAUAGAUGCAAGGAUUUUGUGUGUACUUGAAUAGGGUACAAAAAACAAAGCCCAAGAAAACUGAAGAAGCAAAGAAAAUCCUUUAGCAAUAUGGUAGACAUAGAAAUUUUUAGGGAGUCAUCAGAACAAGUCCUUCCUGCUAUCCCACGUUACUUAGAAAAUAGGUCUAUGUUUUUCUUCAGCAUGCUCAAAGUCUAAAACUUCCUAUAUAUUUACUUGGUGGGCAGGUAAACCAUGAUGGUCUUUGUGUCUUUCUGCUCCACCCCUCCCCUCCCUGCCAUCCAAUACCCCUUCCUUUGAAAGAUGUUGCUGUUAUCUAAAAAGAUGGUUGCCAAGUCAACACACAUUUUUUUUGUGACGUAACUUUGAAUUCUAUCUAGUAUCUGGACAAGAAAUACAUUUGGUUGUAUUUCACCUCUGGCACACUUGAAUAAUAAAGUAGCUUUCUUCUGAGUCUCAGAAAUCUAAAGGAAGAUUUAUUUUCACAGAAAGGUAAAAACUGGAUGCUGUCCAUUCAAGAGAAUGUAUACCCCCCCUUCUGCUGUUUGCUGUGUUCAUUUGUCAUUUAACUAAUUGUGUGAGAACAGUCACCAUGUAAUGAAGUGUGUGUAUGGGGGGGGUAGGGCAUGGGAAAUGUUUUAUGAAAAAAAUAAAUUAUAAGCAUAACACUAUGACGUAACAUUUAAGGAGUUUCUU